UCUUUGAUUCACUUGCAACGUGUCAAUUGCACUGAUCUCCCUCUGCUCGUCCCCCUCCAGCGGCCUCCCCACCUCUCUCUCUCCUUUGCAGGCAUGGGGAUUUGGUAGCUGGGUAGUAUUUUAGCAGCCUGCACAGCAUCAACAUCCUUCCCGGGCAAGCGAUGGCUUAGAGGAGAGGGGGAAGGCAGGAGAAGAAGAUGAGCUUCCACAAGGAGGACGGUGUGGGGAGCCUGUGCCACAAGGCGCUGCAGAUCAUCUCCGAGCUGUGCCUGGGGGGGCAAGUGGAGUGGGAGAAGUGCUCAGGCAUCUUCCCUCUGGAGACCACCAAACAAGGUAUAGGCACCACAGACAUCUCAGUCAGUCUGCUCGCAGUGGUCGUCAGCUUCUGUGGGCUUGCCUUGCUGGUCGUCUCGCUUUUUGUUUUCUGGAAGUUAUGUUGGCCAUGCUGGAGAAGCAAACCUCUGACUUCCAACCCCAGUAAUAUCCCUCAGAGCAACUCUAAUGCUCCCACUGAGGUUUUUGAGACCAAUGAGAAAAAGGAGAUUAAAGAAAAUGGCAAACCUUCAGCAAAAAUCCUUGAAGCUGCCAUAAAAAUCAGUCACACUUCACCUGACAUUCCAGCCGAGGUUCAGAAUGCAUUGAAAGAACAUCUAAUCAAACAUGCACGCAUGCAGAGGCAGAUCACUGAGCCUACAUCAUCAUCCAGGCACAAUUCUUUCAGGAGGCACUUGCCAAGGCAGAUGCAAGUUUCCAGUGUUGAUUUUAACAUGGGGACCGAUCCGAUUUUGCAAAGGGGAGAGACAACGACCAGCAUUGGGCGAAUAAAACCAGAACUCUACAAACAGAAAUCUGUUGAUUCAGAUGGCCAGAAAGAAGAUGUGAAAACCUGUGGAAAGCUUAACUUUACUCUCCGGUAUGAUUAUGAAAAUGAACUUCUUGUUGUUACAAUUAUCAAAGCCUUAGAUCUGCCUGCUAAAGACUUCACAGGAACAUCGGACCCCUACGUUAAGAUUUACCUUCUUCCAGAUAGGAAAAAGAAGUUUCAGACACGGGUUCACAGAAAGACUUUAAAUCCUGUCUUUGAUGAAAUCUUUCAGUUUCCUGUAGCCUAUGAUCAACUCAGCAACAGGAAACUGCAUUUCAGUGUAUAUGAUUUUGACAGAUUUUCUAGACAUGACAUGAUUGGGGAAGUUAUUCUUGAUAACCUUUUUGAAGUCUCUGAUCUCUCCAGGGAAGCCACUGUAUGGAAAGACAUCCACUGUGCCACCACAGAAAGCAUAGAUUUGGGUGAAAUCAUGUUUUCCCUUUGUUAUUUACCCACUGCUGGGAGAAUGACAUUAACAGUCAUCAAAUGUAGAAAUCUCAAGGCCAUGGACAUUACUGGCUCUUCAGAUCCAUAUGUCAAAGUAUCACUGAUGUGUGAGGGGAGAAGACUGAAAAAACGGAAAACAACCACAAAGAGAAACACACUCAAUCCAGUUUAUAAUGAGGCCAUCAUCUUUGACAUCCCUCCAGAAAAUGUGGAUCAGGUCAGCCUCUCCAUUGCUGUGAUGGAUUACGAUCGAGUAGGGCACAAUGAGGUGAUUGGGGUGUGUAGGACAGGAAUUGAAGCUGAAGGACUUGGAAGAGAUCACUGGAAUGAAAUGCUGGCUUAUCCCCGUAAACCAAUAACUCACUGGCAUCCACUAGUAGAGUUACCUGGCCGAGCAACCAGUUUUGAUAGCCAGGGGUCUUGCUCAUCACCAAAACCACCUCCUACACCCUAGGGCACAAGAAAAGGAUUCACCACGUCCAGUGGCCAAGCUCCCAUGUAGCUCAUACCUACAGUAACAGAAGGUUUGGCUUCCGCAAAUGAACUGUAUCCAUAUUUUUGUAUUAAAAUACAUUUUCCUAUUCUAAGUCUUAUAUUACAGUUUGUAAUAAUUUCUUAACUUAUGAAUGAAGUUAAAUUGAGCCAAAACAGUCCUUCCUUUGACAAACAGUCUCUCUGACAUGUAUCUGCCAAUUUAAGUAGUAUUUUGAUAUGACCUAUAUCUUUGCAUAAACAAGUAAAUCUGAGAAACUAUUCAGAACUUCAAAGAAAACGCAACUUAGGAUGCUGUUCCUUUUAAGGUAACAGAUUGUCACACACAGCGCUUACUUUGUAAUUUGCCUCUAAAUGAUAAAUUUUGCA